CGUGAACGCAUCACUUUCCGGUGCAGCUGGAUACUUUGGGUUACCUCAGAGAAAACAGUGACAACAAUGAGAUAGCAGUAAUCUGACACACAGGUCGCUCCUGCGCUGCCCCGCGAAUUAAAAGGAUUAAUAGUCGAUGACAGCAGGAUUUAGUCCGAAACUGGACCCAGUCUUAAUAAAGUUUCGAGUUCCUGUUCUCUUAGCACACAGCCGUUUUCAACAUCCACCUUUCAAGUGAGACAAACGGGGCGAAAUCGCGUCCUCUUAACUCGGCCUUGAAUGUCUAAACUACCAGGAAAUGCAGGUGUGUCGGUGCUCGGGGACAAGUCGCUGGAGUUUUACCGGGACCCGGUGAGCUUCUACCGGCAGAGGAUCGAGAAACACCGGAGCAGACUGUUUCAGUGCCGCCUGCUGAACAGACCGACCGCCUUCAUCUGCUCUGUGCAGGGGAUGAGAGAGCUGCUGUGUGAGAAGUCCAAUGUGUUUCUGAAGGAUCCAACUGACUUGAUGACCAACAUGUAUGGUGACACCAUUGUCACCUCUAAUGGUGAAGAGGCAUGUCUUCUCCGCCUGUCCCUCACCAGCCUGUUUACAGGAAAUUGUUUGGAAUCAUCAAGCAGUUAUAUCACAAGUGUAUGUGAGCGCUGUCUGAAAGACCUCUCACUCAGUGGGCAGCCAGAGUGUGUCUACUCUGUCUUUAAGCGCCUGGGGACGGAGUUGGUUUUGGGCCUUUUUCUGAACGUACGAGCGGAGGAGCAGCCUGAACUAUUCCAGGAAAUCACACAGCUCUGCACCCAGCACUGGCAUGGCCUGAUCUCUGCUCCAGUGAAUGUGAAGGUUCCUCUAUGGUCGUCGGGUUUCUCCACCGCUCUGGACGCCAGAGACAAACUGAUGGACAUCAUCAAAGACAAACUGGAGAAUGACACACAGGGCUUCGUCGGCUCUCUUGGCUCUUUGCCGCUGCCCGACUCCAGCUGUGCCUCCCAGCAUCUCCUGCUGUUCAUCUCAGCUCUGAUCCCCAAAGCUCUGGCUUCGCUUCUCACCUCCUUCACACUGGCGCUCAGUGGAAAUGAACAGGAGGAGGCACGUCGGCGAGCUAAAAAAGACCCUGAUUACUUACACAGAGUGCUGCUGGAGGUGCAGAGACUCUGGCCUCCUUUCAUUGGUGGACGCAGAAUAGCUGAUCAGGACUCCACCCUGGCAGGGUUCCAUGUCCCAAAGGAUUACGGCACAAUCUAUAUCAGCCACGCCGUCCACCGUGACCCAGAGGUGUUCCAGCAGCCAGACAACUUCCUACCAGAGAGGUGGAGCGGAAGGAAUGCGGGCCAGGAGCACUUCCUGUGUUCCUUCGGCAGCGGGCCCAGGAGCUGUAUUGGAUCUAAACUUACCAGUGUCUUCCUUAAGAGAGGGAGGAGAGGAUGCAGCAGCCCUGAUGUAAAAUAGUCUUAAUUUGCAGAAAUAGUUUUGUAGCAUUAUUGAUAUCAUCCAUGUGAGAUACAGACAAUGUUAACGUUAUACACAACUUUUAAUCAGACUUGACCAACUUGGAAAGCCCUUGAACGAGAACUAUAUUUGCAUUAGUGAGUUAUAAUGUCUGAAAAUAUAAGUCUGUAGUCCCAGAAUUUACACUUGUUUGGCUACAACCAAAUGAAAAUACAAUGCUGAAAUUAUGGAAAUUAUCAUGCAGAUGCACCUGUGUAAAAUUAAGCAGAAAUUAUACUCUGUGUCUGCAUAGCCAUGAGGGUCCAUGCAGACUUUAUGGGUAAAGCCCAAAAUUCACUGCUCACAGAUCAUACAUUCCACCUGCUUCUUUAAACCUGUCCAUCUAUGCAGACACCCAGUGUAGUUUUAACAGAACCGUGUCCACUGUCUGGAUUUGUGUCCUUGUCUGUUUUCUGUUGCAUGAUUUCCAGCAGUCAUAUUUUAGAAUAAUUCACUGAAAUAACACUCCUUUAAAAAUAUGAUGAAAUUCCUCCUUUCAUGAUGUCUUGCUGUCUCUCCCCAAGACGUAACUACCAAACUAGCUGGCAUUAUGGAGUAUAUAAUAUGUUUAAUAAAUGGAGUAAAAAUAGGUGAAAAUAGGGAAGCUUGUGGGGAAACCUUUUUGGUCAUUUGUAGUGGACCUGUUACUGGAUGAUGCUGCUGUAACUAUCGAUCACUGACAUAUUAUGAUAAACAAAGAACAAGGACAGCCUGAGUGUUGAGUUUUGAGGCUUAAUGCCCACUGAAUGAAAUAAGAGAGAAACCAGCAGUGACAGAGAGAGAGAGAGGUGAACCAUCCCCCAACUGCUCAGUAAAUAGAGCACUGCUCAUGGGAAUGAUGAAAUGCUUGGCUGUGUGUGUGUGUGUGUGUGUGUGUGUGUGUGUGUGUGUGUGUGUGUGUGUGUGUGUGUGUGUGUGUGUGUGUGUGUGUGUGUGUGUUAGAGAUAUCAGACAGGAGAGUCCAGGUACAGAUUGUCCUGUUUAAACCACCUGCCCUUCCCCAUGGCUGCAUUCACCAUAGCCACCGCUGCAUAUCUCAAGAGACAUAUAGACACGCACACACACACACACAGACACACAGCCUAUGGAAGGCACCAGAACAUGACAGGUGUGCUACAGGUGUGACAACAGGAAAGAGAGGGAUUUAUUUCCCAUGUAGGGGUGUUCUCUGGAAACAGGUGUGUGUAUGUACAAGUGUGUGUGUAUGCAUGUGUUCUGAGCCUUAACACUGGGGAGUGCAAGGGUGAAAACAACCGCUGUGGGCCAGUAGAUCCCCAAGGGUUUCACUGGAAGUCUGUGGAUCUGGGUUUUAAGGAUCCCCUCUGUUUUUCAGUAACCACAGCCAAACCUUGUGCAGGUUAAAAAAUUCUGGUAAAAGGACUGAAUAUAUCUUUUUCUUUGUUUGUUUUUAGCUUGUGUAUGCACAUAUGUGUAUAAAGCCUCACAAAAUGUAGUGAACUAACUGCUCCUUGGCCCAAACACUUUUUUAGGUUACUACAUAAGCUGGUUAGCCAGACAUGCUAAUGUUAGUGGCUUACAGUAGAUCAGAUACACAAUUUAAUUGAUUUCUCACACUUUUGUGGAAAAACCCAACAUUUUAGAGACCUGCCAUGCAUAGUGACGGUUGCUAAGAGUAAGAAUAUGUGUCUUAUGUUGUUUUCAAAGACUAUAUGGUUACCUAAAGGAUUUAACCAUGCGGCCUGUUUUCCUCAGCCAGACACUUGGAAUGUAGAAAAGAAAACAUAGUUCUGUUUGAUUUUGAGCCAAUGGUCCGCACAGCCUUGUUUUAAUGACUUCAUUCAUUGCCAGGUCAACUGCUUAUCGUUGCUGUUUCUCAAUGAACUUAGCAAGAAAGACCAGAUGAGAGAGCUGCCGGAAGGAAGCAGAUUGCACUAGUCAGCCAAUAAGAGGCUUAUCUCAGCAGUCCACAUCCGUUGAGUCAGACUGUUAACUAACAGUUUAACCUACUGUGGUAGAUCACUGAGACAGAAUAUGGACGUCUUUCUUCUCAGAUUAUUAAAGAGCAAAAACAGCAACACAUGCAUAUGGAUGGGGGUGUUACUGUGAGCUAUCCAGAAUGCAACAGUGAAGGAUGACUCAAUCCUCCACACACAUGCACACACGCACACACACACACACUCACACACAUGACUCACUGUAAAUGUUGGGCCUGAUUGAAUGGCGCUCAGGUGAAAUGUUCACAACGGUUUAAUGAUCUGCUCUCUCCUCAUUCAGCUCUCCUCAUUGUUCAGCAGGACAAUCAUAUCUCAUUAUUUAAAAUUGGAUUACUUAUUCUAGAUAACUGGGGGCUGCUUGUUUUUUAUUGCUUAAGCAAGUGGCAUGAAUGGGAUAAUGUGGGGCACAGCAUUGCUCUCAUACUCUUGCUCUCCAAGUGGACAAUGGGUAGUCAUCUUCCCUUUUCACAUACAUAUUGUUUCCAUUAUAGACUCUAGACAGCAGGAGCACUGUGAUCGAGGCAGAAAAUUAACCCAUGUUGUACCACUAUAACAGCAAUUCAUGUGCGUGCGUUAGUCAAUAGUGGGCACAUAUUAAGGAAUCAUUUUGAAAUCACCUGACAGGUUGAUUUGAAAGAAGGAUCUAGUCAUCGAAACUUACUAUUUACAUAAUUUAAAUAUGUAUUAAUACAGUGUAAUGUAUUAAUAGAAACAACCAGAGGCUUGCGGGUAAAAUAAUGUAAAUACCACAUAGAGAAGACUGAAACUCUUCAGUAAAUCGGUCACAGAAACACUGCUGUAAAGGUGUGUGCAAAUUCUUUUUCUUUUUAAAAAGUACCAAAUCAUAUGUGUGAACACUGCAAGUGUAUUGUAGUACAUACUCAUAAGAUAACUUAUACCCACUGAUUGUUAGACAACUCAUGUUUGUUCCCCUAUUGGACUUACUUUUAGCAACUAAACUAAACUAAAACCCAAGUUGUACUAAGCUGUAGUUUUGCGUGUCUGUAAAAAGCAUCAAAUUAAAAUUUUAUCUGUUUCAUAUCUAUAUUCAGAUUGGAGCUACUGGUUUUGAGCAGAACAUGAUUUUUGUAGCCAAGAGAAGCUACACUCAAUAUAUCUCAGUGAAAUAUCAGAUGAUGUUUAAUAAAAUUUAAUUUAGAUUAUUAUUUUUUCAUGUAGUUAAAUUACAUUAAUUUUUAUGCAAAUGCAAUCAAUUUAAUUUACAACUGAAGUCAUGUAACUUAAGUUUCUAAUUUAAUUGGGUUACAUUUUUUAUUUUAUUUUUAAUUAAAUACAUUUUUUACAUAAUCAAAUCUACUUGAAUGUCAUCAAAAACACUCUAGUUCCCUUUCACACUCCUCGAUAAUGAUUUCGUCUUUCAUUUAAUAUUCAUUCACACAGACCACUCACCUGUCAACCCGUCACUGUAGAAACAGUGAGUGGCGUGGCGUAGGAGUUCCUUAGUAAAGUUUUCUGCAACUUUGAGCAGCACACACACUGACUCACCCCCACACUGUUGCUUCAUGUUGUGCACAAAGUAUACACACCAUCCAUCCCUGAGGUUUAUUUUGCAUUAGUGAUGUACACAUUGAACCUCAAUCCCUCACUGUAGCCUACUCUCUUAUGGCUAAAAGGCUAAACCAUUUGACUGUUUAAAGUGUGUCUGAUUGGCUCUCAGCAGGCUGACGACAUGCACGCGCCACCACACAUACACACACACAUGCAGGAGGGCGUGACCAGAGUAACAAGUAGACCACAGAGCUCUAGGUCAGAGAUGUGACUCCAACCCCCCCCCCCACCCCCCACCUUCAUCAUCCUUCCUCCAUUCCCUUGCUUCUCUCCUCGCUUCCUCCUUCCCCGUUCAUUCAUCCUGCUCCUCCCCCUCUAUCAGGAAAAGUUUUCAUUCAUAAAAUGGAGGGAGGCGGGGUAACUGACUGUGACUGGUGGAUACGAUUGGUCGGCUCAGUGGCUGAGUGUCAGCCAAUGGGGGAUCCUGGCUAUGAUAUCACCAGCCACAGAGCUCUUAGCAUGUAGAAUGAAGUACAAUAGAAGAUCAGGUUUUUCCUGUGUGGUGGUGCCGUAGUUCAGUUUUUAUAUAAAAAUAGGCCGGAGAUGUCACGUUAACUGGUGCAAAAUGAGAACUGCAUAUGGUGAACUCUCCCAGACAGUCAAAUGAACAAAGAUAAAAAAAAAAAAUGUUCAGAUCCAGUGACUCAAGUGGUUAUCAACUUUCAGAUUUAUGUGUGUAAAACUAAGAAUUGUUCAUAAUUUGAGCCAUUACAACCGCCUACCAAGUCCAAACAACCUAAUGUUCUGUUUCAGUUUGGCUGCUAAAAGGUGUUGCGUUGCAUUGCUAUUUUCAUAUCUGGAAAAAAAAACAAAACAAACAAACAGACGUAAAGUGUUAUGGAGGCUGUAGCUUUGCAAGUUGGAGACCUAUUCAGUGUUGGCGGAGGCUCUUGCUCUGCCAAGUGCCUUCUAGCUUAGCAUUUUGCUUUUGCUCUGCUGUAAAAUUAGGAAAUUGUCACUUACACCCCCACUGCUCUUAACUCAAAGCAUCAUCUGUUUGGCAGAAAGUAAGUUCUGUUGAUGUCAAUGCAGCGAAGAUACUGAAAACAACACAUACAGAAAACAGGGUUGUUUCCUUG